UUUCAAUCGUUACUAUUAGCGUGAAAGUAAACUGCGAAUCAAAAUAGCACUCACCGUUCUCAGAAAAACACCAUAGCCAACAACGGGAUCCGAUCAUCGCAAUCAUCAUAAUCAAGCGGCGAUUAAAGUAUCCACGUGGCAUGAAAAACCUGAUUCAUCUUUCCUUAUAAAUCGAUGCGUUGUGGAAACCCAACCAGUGGAAAAACAGAAAAAUAAAUAAACGAGAAUGUUAAACAAUUAACAACGUUAAAGCCAAACAUAACUUCAAACUCUCAAUCCUAAUCCUCCAUUUAAAUUGCUUCGUCUCCAAGCCUGAUUCCGAAGCUCCGGUUCGAAAUGGAGUUCGAGUUGUUUUGAAACUGAACCGGACCGGUUCUAUUAAGCGAGAUCACGGGGUUUGGGUUAGAAAAUUUUAUUGACGGCGGUGAUGAGAGGGAGCUGUUGGUUGAACCGUCGGAUUGAACAGAGGUUUCGUUUACUUGCGAUCUCCACCGUUAAAUCAGUGAAGAUCAAGCUUCUUCUUUGUUGUUGUGUUGCUUUAACGCUUCUCGCGUUUUCCACAAGUGGUUCCACUUUCUUAUUAUGGAAUAAUCAAACUUCUUCUCUUCGUCGUUUCCCUGAUUCAAGGAAAGGAUAUUCUAUUGUAAUGAACACGUGGAAGAGAUACGAUCUCUUAAAGCAGUCCAUCAAACAUUAUUCAUCUUGUCCUCGACUUGAAUCAGUACAUAUAGUGUGGAGCGAACCCAAUCCUCCUUCAGAAAGUCUUCUAAAAUUUCUGCACCAAGCUGUAAAGUCGAAGGCUAGAGAUGGGCAAUAUGUGAAGUUGAGGUUUGAUAUUAACAAGGAAGACAGUUUGAAUAAUAGAUUUAAAGAAAUUGACGAUUUGGAGACUGAUGCUGUCUUUUCCAUUGACGAUGAUGUCAUAUUUCCUUGUUCUUCGGUGGAAUUUGCAUUUGAUGUUUGGCAAAGUGCACCUGAUGCAAUGGUGGGAUUUGUACCUCGUGUCCAUUGGGUGGAUUCAUUAAAUGGCAACGACAACGUAUUCAAAUAUGGUGGAUGGUGGUCUGUGUGGUGGACGGGUACAUAUAGUAUGGUUCUCUCAAAGGCAGCAUUCUUUCACAAAAAGUAUUUCAUUCUCUACACAAAUGAGAUGCCAUCAUCAAUUCGAGAAUAUGUAACUAAGAACAGGAAUUGUGAAGAUAUUGCAAUGUCUUUUCUUGUCGCAAAUGCAACUGGUGCACCUCCAUUAUGGGUUAAAGGUAAAAUAUUUGAGAUUGGAUCAACUGGAAUCAGUAGUUUGGGAGGUCAUAGUGAGCGAAGAUCGGAGUGUGUCAACAUAUUUACUGCUGUGUAUGGACGGAUGCCCUUGGUAUAUACUUCAGUAAAGGCCGUUGAUAGUCGCAAUACCUGGUUUUGGUGAUUGUUAGAUUGUAAUAUUUUCAUUGCAUUUUAGAAAUUUCACUGUUGUCAAUUAGUAUUGUAGUAGCUAGUUUUUGAGAUAUCACGUUCACGUUAGUCAUAGAGAUGUAUGAUAUUGAAUCUUAUACACAAUUCUUGCUUUUUGGCCCUAAUUUAGCAAGUUCCUUAGGUUGAUUUCUUGUAAUAUUGACGUGUAAUGUAAGGCAACCUCCUAGGUAAAGGUGCUUCUUUUUUGUCUCAGAAUAAGAUUUUAAUUGUAGAAUAUUGAGGGAUGUUAUUACAUUUAGCAAUGAAACUUCA